GCGCUCGCUCAGCCCCCGCGCCCUGCGGGGGGGCAGGUCUCAGGAUCCAGCUUCCUGCCCGCCCGCCUCCCGCUCCUCGGCGCGGUACCCCUGGGAGGCGGCGGGGCCGGCGGGGAGAAGCGGCGCCGGGGCCGUGAGAGGCUCCCGCUGCUCCGCUUCUCCGGGGCGCGGGGCCGGCGGCGGCAGGGCCGGGCGGAGCGGGGCCGCCGCCGUUGCCUGGUAGCGGCGGGCCCGGCCUUCCUUCCCGUCCGGCCCGCCGCGAUGGGAGCUGCCGACUGGUGCCUGAGCUCCGCGGGGGCUGCCGUCGUCCUGGCCACCUCCGGCGACGAGGAGCACCCCCCCGAGAACGUGGCGGACGGAAGUUCAAGCACGUUUUGGACGACGACUGGCAUGUUCCCGCAGGAGUUCAUCAUCGGUUUUCCUAAACGUGUGAAGAUCAGCAAAGUCGCAAUCCAGUGCUACUUGGUGCAGACUUUAAGGAUUGAAAGAAGUGUGUCUGAAGACCCAGUAGGUUUUGAACAGUGCGUUGAAAAAGAUUUGCAGCACACAGAAGGACAGCUUCAAAUGGAAGAAUUCCCACUUCCUGAUUUCCCAGCCACUUACUUGCGUUUCAUCAUCAAAUCAGCCUUUGAUCACUUUGUAUCUGUGCACCGGGUGAUGGCAGAGGGCACAGCAGAAAACACUUAGGUUUAGCUUAAAUUUAUACCUCAGGUUUUUUUAUAAAGAAAUUCUAUUUGGUAUCUGUAGUGCAGAGAAUAUUUAUUAUUAUUAAAACCUGGUAUUAAAGUGUGUUUUGAAGAUGUGGAUGUAGUAUGCAUUCCCUGUUAUUUUAAUGUAAGUAAUGCAAUACUCCUGUUAGCUGUAGUAACAGCUUUCUAGUUUUAUAACCUAGACUGUUACCCUAAAACAUAACUGAGUCCAUGUAAAUGAGUAUGUUUAUAUCAGGCUUUCUUAAAAUAUUAAUUAAAACUUGUUUUCUUGUCAAA